GAUUGGACUAAGGUUUUAAUCUUCGGUGGGAGGCGGGGAGGAUCUGCCGGGCCUGAGGAGCACUAGUCUUCGAGAACAAAGAAUUACGGAGCACCCACAAGUCGUAAUCUUGGCCAAAGUACUGUAACAAGAUCAUUUAAACAAGGUUGAAGUUGGGCGAAGAUUAGCCCUCCUUUUAGAAAGGUGUUCCUGAACACCGCUGACAACACGGUUCUGACAGUAUUUCAUGACGAUGGAUGGGGACAGUGCUACGACAGACGCUUCUCAACUGGGCAUCUCUGCGGACUACAUCGGAGGAAGCCACUACGUCAUACAGCCGCAUGACGAUACUGAGGACAGCAUGAAUGAUCAUGAAGACACAAAUGGUUCAAAAGAAAGUUUCAGAGAACAAGAUAUCUAUCUUCCGAUUGCAAAUGUUGCAAGGAUAAUGAAAAAUGCCAUACCUCAAACGGGAAAGAUUGCAAAAGAUGCCAAAGAAUGUGUUCAAGAAUGUGUAAGUGAGUUCAUCAGCUUUAUAACAUCUGAAGCAAGUGAAAGAUGCCAUCAAGAGAAACGGAAAACAAUCAAUGGAGAAGAUAUUCUCUUUGCCAUGUCGACCUUAGGCUUUGACAGUUAUGUAGAACCUCUAAAAUUAUACCUUCAGAAAUUCAGAGAGGCUAUGAAAGGAGAGAAAGGAAUUGGUGGAACAGUCACAGCUACAGAUGGACUAAGUGAAGAACUCACAGAGGAGGCAUUUACUAACCAGUUACCAGCUGGCUUAAUAACUGCAGAUGGUCAACAACAAAAUGUUAUGGUUUAUACAACGUCGUAUCAACAGAUUUCUGGUGUUCAACAAAUUCAGUUUUCAUGAUCGGAAGAAAUGAUGGCAUGGGGAGUGGAGAGAAGGGAAAGAGUCUGUACGAUUCUGGAAACAGAGACAUUAAGAAGGAAGUGACUGGGGAAACGAUGUCUCUUUGUAUAUUAAAUAGCUGUAAUGUAGCUUCCUGAUGCUUGACUAAUUGAGGUGUUAAUUCUGACUUGAGAAUCUUUUUCAUGAAUGAUUUUAAAGAAAAAUUUGGAUUUUAAAGGUAUUAAAAUAUUUUUGUUUUGUACGAGAGUUUGUUGCUCUGUAUGACUCCUGUAUGCAUUGUAUAUUGCAAUUUAUUACUGUCAGAGAUUUGUAGACAGUUUCUUAUUUUCAUAUUGAAUCAUGUUACUUUUGUAAUUCAAGUAAGCAGCUGGGUUAAUUCAUGAUGUUUGCCCUUUUAAUAAAAUAUAAGGGUAGAGUUCA